CCAUCAGGAAGCUCGGGUUUGUUUAUAAAGAUCUAAGAGCUUAAUCGACUCUUCGUUUCGUUGAGGAAACGCAAACACAAGUUUAUAUAUGUUUCGCGGGAAUGUUAUGGUCAAAUAUUGCUGGAUAAAAAAACAGUUUUAGUGACAUUUUUAUAGUUUGACGUCAUAAGUAUCCCUCCGCGCACGCAGGCUCACGUGCCUUUGACGGAAGUAGGCUUGACGGAUCACCUUGAGCUCGAGAUCAGGAGCGCAUCAGUCACGGCCGACCAUCAGCAAACGCAGGAUAUUACCCGUUUCUUCGACGAUGUCCCACACUAAAGCUCAAGAUAUGGGUUCUGCCUUCAUCCAGACGCAGCAGCUCAAUGCUGCCAUGGCUGACACCUUCCUGGAGCACUUGUGUUUGCUGGACAUCGACUCUGAGCCCACCAUCGCCCGCAACACUGGGAUCAUCUGCACCAUCGGACCGGCUUCUCGCUCUGUGGACAUGCUGAAGGAGAUGAUCAAGUCUGGCAUGAACAUUGCUCGCAUGAACUUCUCUCAUGGCUCACAUGAGUAUCAUGGAGAAACUAUUAAAAAUGUACGUGAAGCUUGUGCCAGUUUCGAGCCGGGCAGCAUCCACUACAGGCCAGUGGGCAUCGCCCUGGACACCAAGGGGCCAGAAAUCCGAACCGGGCUCAUUAAAGGGAGUGGCACUGCUGAGGUUGAGCUGAAGAAGGGAAAUUUGAUCAAAGUGACCUUAGACGAUUCUUUCAUGGAGAACUGUGAUGAGGAUAACCUCUGGCUGGACUACAAGAACAUCACCAAGGUGGUGGAAGUGGGCAGUAAGGUCUACAUUGAUGAUGGACUCAUUUCUCUCCAGGUCCAGGAAAUCGGCUCUGACUAUCUGAUAUGUGAAAUUGAGAAUGGAGGAACUCUGGGUAGCAAGAAGGGUGUCAAUCUCCCGGGGGCCGCAGUCGACCUUCCUGCCGUUUCAGACAAAGACAUCAAUGACCUGCAGUUCGGUGUGCAGAUGGGAGUCGACAUGGUCUUUGCCUCCUUUAUUCGCAAGGCAGCGGAUGUGCAUGAGGUUCGUAAGGUGCUCGGAGAGAAGGGCAAGAACAUCAAGAUCAUCAGCAAGCUGGAGAACCACGAGGGUGUGCGCAAGUUUGAUGAGAUCAUGGAGGCCAGUGAUGGCAUCAUGGUCGCCCGUGGUGACCUGGGAAUUGAAAUCCCCACGGAAAAGGUGUUCCUGGCCCAGAAGAUGAUGAUCGGUCGCUGCAACAAGGCAGGAAAGCCGAUCAUCUGUGCCACACAGAUGUUGGAGAGCAUGAUCAAGAAGCCUCGUCCCACCCGUGCCGAGGGCAGUGACGUGGCCAACGCUGUUCUGGACGGUGCCGACUGCAUCAUGCUGAGUGGAGAGACUGCGAAGGGAGACUAUCCUCUGGAGGCCGUACGCACCCAACACAUGAUUGCCCGUGAGGCAGAGGCGGCCACGUUCCACCGGCAGCUGUUUGAGGAGCUGAGGCGCUCCACUCUCCUGACACGCGACCCUUCAGACGCUGUAGCUGUUGGCGCUGUCGAGUCCUCCUUCAAAUGCCGCGCCAGCGCCCUUAUCGUGCUCACCAAGACCGGCAGGUCUGCUCAUCUGAUCUCCCGAUACCGCCCACGCGCUCCGAUCAUAGCCGUGACCCGUAACGAGCAGACGGCCCGGCAGGCUCAUCUGUACCGCGGCAUCUUCCCCGUACUCUACAACAAUCCUUCUAAUGACGUGUGGGCCGAGGAUGUGGACCUGAGGGUCAAUUUUGCCAUGGAAGUUGGUAAGGCUCGUGGAUUCUUCAAGGCCGGUGAUGUCGUGAUCGUCCUGACCGGCUGGCGCCCAGGAUCCGGUUACACCAACACCAUGCGUGUCGUCCCGGUGCCGUAAGCACCACAGGACCGUAACACACUCCUCUGCUGUUCAAACAUCACUCCCCCCACCCUCCCCACCCUCCCCAGCAGGCUUUCAGACCGGUGAUGUCAUCACAGAAGCCUGGCUCCUCCCACACAGGCCAGUGGACCAUCAUCACUUAGACGUUGUUCUCACUUCAUUAUUUUUUUUCCUUUCCAGUCUCAAUGGCACAUGACCACAAUCUCAUGUUCAUCCACAGCUGUGUUACUCAUGUGUGCUUGUCUGUCUGCAUGCCUGGCGAAGCACAGACGGGUCGUGAACGUGAGCGAACAAACAAAAGCUUACUAAAACCUAAUAACGGUUCCCGAGUGGCGAAGGGCUCGCGUAACUAGUGUCGUUUUAUUUGUAGAGUCACUCAGUCUGCGCUUUAUUUGCACCAUGUCUGUGUUCACACUCCUAAUGAUGUUACAUUCUGUUGCACUAGAUCAUGAGACCAUUUUAUGUGGGAUGAGGCAACCAAUGGGCUACAGUAUAUAUUUUUUUGAAAUGUUGACAUUGGGAUGUCAGUUGUGUGUUUGAGUGGAGUAAGAGAACGAUUAUGAGCGAGAGAUUGAAUAUUGAUUGAGCAGCAACGUUCACAUUCCCAGCCAUCUCUCCUGUUCAUUUCCUUUCUCUGUGCUGCUCCUGUGUGUGUGUGAGAGGGUGUCUGUGUGUUUAGAUCCACCCGCUUUGUGUCGCUAGGGUGCAAGAUGUACUUCUAAGUGUAAGAGUAAACUAUAGUAUCAUCUGAAGUGUUGUGUUACUCAAGACUGAAUUAUUAAAGGAGAUGAGCACUUG